AUGGGAAAUUGUGCAACAUGUGACGAUCCAUCAAUAUAUGAAAAUGGAGGAGAAUAAAUGAGACCUUUUAAGAAUAAACCAAACUUAGAAGAUUAAGAAAAUGUUCAAUAAUUGAGUUAGAAAAGUAAAUUAUCAUAGAGUGCAGUUAAAUCAUAGAAUGCUAGUUUUAUAGUAUAAUAACAUAUUAGGUGAUUUAAUAUAAUAUUAAUAGAUAAGAUUUAAAGAAAUUGGAUUCAAUACCUGAUUUUACAAAUGCUUAUACAAAGCCAUUAAUAGAUUAGUUAUAACCAUUCAAUUAUGAUUAAAAUGAGCCGUUUGAAUUAAAAUAAUUACCUUUUUAUGGUCCAGUAGAAAUAGAACCAAGUGUAUUUUACUAUGGAUAAUGGAAGAAUGGUUUAAGACAUGGAAGAGGAAAAUAAUUUUGGGCAGAUGGUUCUAUAUAUGAAGGAUAUUGGUUAUAAGAUAAAGCAAAUGGAGAAGGAAGAUUAAUACAUUCAGAUGGUGAUUUAUAUGAAGGGAAAUGGUUAAAUGAUAAAGCACAUGGAUUUGGAGUUUAUAGUCAUAAAGAUGGAGCAUUUUAUAGAGGUGAAUGGUAUGAAGAUUAAUAACAUGGAAUUGGAUUAGAAAAAUGGGCUGAUGGUUCAAUGUUUGAAGGAUCAUAUACAAAUGGUAUGAAACAUGGAAAUGGUAAAUUCAGUUGGCCAGACGGUAGUUCUUAUGUUGGAGAAUUUAUUAAUAAUAAUAUUCAUGGUAAAGGACAUUACAUUUGGGCAGAUAAUAGAGAAUAUGAAGGUGAUUGGAAAGAAAAUUAAAUGGAUGGUCAUGGAAUAUUUAGUUGGUCAGAUGGAAGGUAAUAUUAUAUAAAUUACAAUUAAUAGACGUUAUGUUGGUGACUAUAUUAAUGAUAAAAAAGAGGGUUAUGGUGAAUUUUAUUGGCCUGAUGGUAGAGUUUAUAAAGGAUACUGGAAAGAUGGUAAAUAACAUGGAAAAGGUUAAUAUAAGGGUACUAACAGAAUAUUAAAAGAAGGAGAAUGGGUUGAUGGGAAAUUACUUAAAUGGAAUAACUGA